GCAUCAGGAACCUUAUAAAUACGGCUGAGAAAGCUGUAGACACUGAUACCUAUGGACAGUGGGGACGAGCGCUGGACGGCCUGCUCCUGACAACAUAGGCAGACUCAGCUUUGCAUACGUAGUAGACAAUUGGCCUGGUCCCUCCUAGACUUCCUGCUAGUGGAGCCGGGAACCCACUUUCCCCCAAGAUGGCCGACAACUUCUCCUGCUACGACCCGUCCAUCGUUGGCUACCGCUACAUGUCUGUGAGUUGGGGCAUAGUGGUGACGAUCGUAGGCACAGUUGGCAAUGUGCUGACCCUGCUGGCCUACAUGGCAGACAGCAAACUGCAGACACGCCUCAACCUGCUCAUCGUCAACUUGACCCUGGCCGACCUGUUGUACUGCACUUUCCUUCAACCCUUCUCCGUGGACACCUAUCUGCACCUGUACUGGCGGGCAGGGGCUGACUUCUGCCGUGUCUUUGGGAUGUUGCUCUUCGUCUCAAACUCUGUCUCCAUCCUGACGCUCUGCCUCAUUGCCGUCAGCCGCUACCUGCUCAUUGCCAACACCGCCCUCUUUGACCGCAUCUUUUCCCGCCUCGGCGUGGUGCUCAUUGCCCUGGCCACUUGGGUUCUUGGCAUUGCUAGCUUUGCCCCCCUGUGGAAUGUCUACGUGCUGGUGCCCAAAGUCUGCACCUGCAGCUUCCACCGCCUCCGCGGCAGGCCCUACACCACCAUCCUCAUGGCCUUCUACUUUGUGGUUGGCCUCAGCUGCGUUGGCAUCUUCUACUUCCUCAUCCACCGCAAAGUGAAGAGUGCUGCUCAAAAUAUGGAACAAUACAAGCUGAAGAAAGCCAGCCUGAAGGGAGCCCACGUGGCUGGAACCAAUUCGGCCGUGCCAGGACGGUACCAGGAGCUGGACAGUGGGGUGGACAGUGCAGGUGCUUCCCAGCAUUCCUGUGAGGCUUUGCCCUCUGAGUCCAUCUCCAACACCCCUGUUCCUUCAAUGUCUGAGAGCAGCGGAACCACUUCAGGGCCUCAGCCUUCAGCCCCACCUAAGAAAGCUGCCUCCUGCCAGCCCAAGGACAGCAACACGGAAUUCCGCAGAGUGACCCGCAUGUGCUUCGUGGUCUUCAUCUUCUUCGUCAUCUGCUACAUCCCCUUCAUGCUGCUCAACAUCUUGGAUGCCAAAAACCGGGCUCCAACUGUCCUGCACGUAAUUGCUGCCAAUCUCACAUGGCUCAACAGCUGCAUCAACCCAUUGCUUUAUGCUGUAAUGAACCGCCAGUUCCGUGAGGCCUACAAGAACGUACUGUACAACUUCACACAGAAUUUCCGUCGGUGCCGCUAACUGUGAGCAGGGCACUCCCAGUCUCUGUGGGUGUGUCCACCUCUGAGCCUGGUUUGUCCUAGGAGCUGGAGUGCCACCAGAAAGCUACAUUGCACUGGAAUCGCAGUCCUGGACUAGGCCAUCAGACUCUUGUUGAAGCUGGGGAAAUCUGCCUUUCGGAUUCAUCACCAAAAUGAAUUGGAUUCAUAACCAAAAAGAAGAACUGUUUGGCCUUGCCAAGCUCCAGAGAUGAGAGGACAUGUUGCUCUUUUACAAAGCUCUUUAUAGACAGUAAUCCACUGGGCUCUCAGAGCGAAGAUGAGGAUUUGUCUUAUUUAUUUAUUAUUUCUCUGUGUAAAACCGCCCUGAGCCAUUUUUGGAAGGGCGGCAUAGAAAUCAAUCAAAUAAAUAAAUAAAUAAUCAUAAUCAUAAUCAUAA